AUGGCGCCGCACUCUAUCGUCACCUCGCCUCAAGAUCGGGUGUCGAAACGGAAACGCGUGGCUCUCGCUUGCUCGCAGUGUCGUACUAGGAAAUCUCGCUGUGACGGGCUACGACCUUCGUGCUCCACUUGCCUCGAGUCAUCUCUACAGUGCCAAUAUCAGCGUCUGCCAUCGCCACAGCUAAGGAACCCGACAUAUGCGCAACUCGCAAGGAGAGUCAAAGACCUGGAGGCCCAAUUGCUAUGGGCAUCAGCAUUCUCCGACAAACCUCUUCAGCGAGCGCCUGAGCCAUUGGAUAGUCAUGAUGAGUCUGCCGUAGAUCUGUUGGCUACUAACGCUUUUGACGAGUCACCGCAACAAGACAUCGGCUAUUUCGGUAAGCUGUACUACGCUUGGAAUUACCACCAGCUGACAUGA